AUGGGAGCUGCCAAACCACCUGCCCCUGGGCUCCGAAGCCUCCUCAGUUUACUGGUGAUAUUAGUGGACGGGUGGCACGACCUGGAUAACAGCGACUAUGAUUGCUGGCCCCUGGAAAAACCAGAUGAGUAUAACAUGCUGGACUGUGGAGGUCUUGAGAUGGCCUGGGUCCAGAGACCUCCAGAAAAGGCUGUGAGUGGGGAGUUCUUCAAUGUAACGUAUGCAGUCUUUGCUUCAGAUCACUUUUACCACUAUGCUGUGCAAAACGGAAUCCUUUCUCACAGCAAUGCUGCGGCAGCCAAGAAGUUCUGUGAAGAACAAGAGUGCCCUUCCAACUGGAAAGAUGCAAAUGGAGAGAACUGCUGUGUCCAUCACGCCAACAUCCACUCCUGCCCUUUGGCCUUCAUGGGGAAAGGUGGAAUAUGUGGCCCGUGGAUUCCAGAUGAUGGCCAGAUAUUUACUCACACUUUAUCUACAGCUGGCAAAAUGAGUCAGACAAACUGGACUGCCAAGGUCAUUUUGGUUCAUGUGGGGGUGACCUCUCUCAUCGCACACAUCAGGGUUGGGAAAAUGCAAGUUGCUCUGGAAGCCAAAACCACGGUGCUACCUGCAGUAGUCUGUGGAGAUGGUGUUUGUGAAGAAGAUGAAAGCUGUUCCACGUGUCCAGCUGACUGUGGGGAAUGCCCACUGACAGCUGAUGCCAGGAUAGCAAUUGCCUUACCAAUAUGUUUAGUCUGUGCCGGCUUCAUUCUGACAAUAGUGUGGUUUCAAUAUCAGAAGCAAAAGAUGUUUUGGGAUGAAAGCUGGAUUAUAGACUUCUCCCGCAUCAAACAAGAUCGCAUGCUACGGACGGCAAUGGGCAGCAUCAUUAGUGCAGCCCAGGCACCCAGCGACUCCAACGCCAGCUGUAUCACGGCCCUGAGUUCUUGCACUGCAGCUGUCAACGCAUCCAGGAAACAGCACUUCACCCAGACAGGGAUAUAUGAUGGUAGAACAGUCGCCAUCAAGAAAAUAAGGAAGAAGACAUUCACCUUGUCCAAAUCCAUACGCAAGGAAGUAAAGCAAGUGAGAGAACUUGAUCAUCCCAACCUCUGCAAAUUCAUCGGCGGUUGUACAGAGGUGCCAAAUGUUGCCAUCGUGACAGAAUACUGUCCAAAAGGUAGCCUGAGCGACGUGCUGCUCAAUGAAGACAUCCCUCUCAACUGGGGCUUCAGGUUUUCCUUUGCUGGAGACAUUGCCCAAGGAAUGGCUUAUCUUCACCAGCAUAAAAUCUAUCAUGGAUGCUUAAAGUCUAAUAACUGUGUGAUAGACGACCGCUGGGUCUGUAAAAUUUCAGACUAUGGAUUACAGUCCUACAGAAAAGAGGAUCAUUAUGAGGGUGCUAGUGCAUAUCAGCAACGUUUGGUGCAGAUUUACUUGGCUCCUGAGGCCCAUUCAUUGUCAGACUUUGUCCCCACUUCCAUGGCAGAUGUGUACAGUUAUUCCAUCAUUUUAUUAGAGAUCGCAACAAGAAGUGACCCUGUGCAGGAUGAUUCUCAUUCAGCGGAAUAUUCCUCGUGCCUCCCUCUGACAGAAUUAAUUUCAGGAAGGUCUGAGAAUUCCUGCCCAUGCCCUACAGACUAUGUGGAGCUAAUCAGGAGGUGCAGGAAAACCAACCCAACCCAAAGGCCUACAUUUGAGCAAGUCAAGAAGUUAUUGUACAAGAUGAAUCCUAACAAAGUUAGUCCAGUUGACAUGAUGAUGACUCUGAUGGAGAAAUACAGCAAACACCUGGAAGUAGUAGUUGCAGAACGAACCCAGGACUUAAUGCAUGAAAAGCAGAAGACUGAUCGUUUAUUAUAUAGUAUGUUACCCAAGCAAGUAGCAGAUGAUCUGAGGCAAGGAAAACCUUCACAAGCCCAAAGUUACGUAAUUGCCACUAUCUUUUUCAGUGACAUUGUUGGCUUCACUCAGCUAUCCAGCACCAGCACACCUUACCAAGUGGUGGACUUCUUAAACAAACUCUACACUACCUUUGACGAAAUCAUAGACAACUAUGAUGUCUACAAGGUGGAGACGAUAGGAGAUGCCUACAUGGUAGUGUCGGGGGUACCCAACGAGAACGGAAUUCAUCAUGCCAGUGAAAUAGCAAGUAUGGCUCUAGACCUGGUGGCCGUGUGCAAGACAUUUAGGAUUCCGCACAAACCCAACACCCAGCUAAAGAUACGAGCAGGAAUCCACUCAGGGCCAGUUGUAGCUGGAGUUGUUGGAACCAAAAUGCCCCGGUACUGCUUGUUUGGAGACACUGUCAACACAGCUUCCAGGAUGGAGUCCACCAGUGAGGCUCUUAAAAUACAAUGCAGUUCAAAUACGUACCAGCUGUUGGAGCAGAUUGGAGAGUACAUAUUAGUGUGUCGUGGGAAUUUGCAAGUCAAGGGGAAAGGAGACAUGGUGACCUACUGGCUAGAAGGAAAGCAGAAUAUUGCCAUCCAGAAGAGAGCACCCAUCACUACCACAACCUCUCAAGACCCUGAUGGAACUACUUUCAGUUUGAUUCCAGGAGUCUUGCCCAGUGAUCCUCUCUCCAGCCCAGCUUAA